AUUGCUCUCUGUCUUCUCAAAUUACGAAAUAACCCCAAUUAUUCAUUCUGCGGGACCCGUCGCCAUUCGUCUCAUAAAAGAAUAACUUUUAUUUUAAAAAACCGACAAAAAUGAUUCUGAGGAACAAUAAAACCACCUAAAUUCCCCAAUAAAUCAUCGAUUAAUUUGACCCGAUAAUGUAAUGAUAAAUUUCCCCGAACGACCCCAAAAAAUUGACAUUCCAUUGUUUAUUUUUCUCCAUCAUCCAUGUACACAAAGAGUGAAGUAGAUUGAAGUGCGCAGAGGCAGAACAUCUGCUGGUCUGCGUGUGAAAGCUCUUCCCCGGAGCGUAGGAAAUUCUCCCCGAAAUUGUCGAUCGCAAUCUCGAAAAAUACGUGGACAAGUGAAACGGAAAACCGUCAUUCACCGAUCAGCUGCGGUUGAUGGAUCGCACGGUGGGACUUGAGGAAAAGCCAGAGAGUUUUUGAGCGGUGGAUUGCGAAGCGGCUGUGAGGAAAAAGCUGUGACGAGCAUCAUGGCGGAUAAGGAAACACAACCAAUGUCACGAUUACUCAAAAUUGCCAACAAGUUCAACUGUUUUUACCUGUCAGGGUUCCAUACAGGCAAAUGCAGGGCAUUUGUCGUCGAUGGACAACAGGUGGGACUCGUUCGAUCCGAUGUGAUGAAGGAAUUGGUGAAUUAUCCACAAGUAUUCGAAAUACAGCCAGACUAUGUUCAACUCAAUCCUGCGUUUCGUGAGUAUGCUGAGAGGAGUGCGCGUAUUGAUGAGGUAUUGAGGGAAUGGAAGGCUAGUGGUAAAUUUGUGACCCUCAGGGGAUGGAGGGAAGAGCGUUAUGCGGUUCGUGCUCAAUUCAACACUAAACCUCUGUUGGAAAUGGAUCGUUCUGCGACUAGCCUAUUUGGAAUAAGAAAAUAUGGAGUAGACAUCAAUGGCUACGUGAUGGAUCCAGUAAAAGGCUUAUCAAUUUGGCUCCAAAAACGUAGUCCCACCAAACAAACAUGGCCUGGCUACUGGGACAACAUGAUCAGUGGAGGUCUGAGUGUGGGCUUUGGUAUUAAUGAAACAGCUAUCAAGGAAGCUGGUGAGGAGGGUAGCAUUCCAACUAGUUUACUCGCUAAUCUGAAGAGUACUGGCUGUGUGUCACUCUUCUUCGAGAGUGAAAGAGGCCUAUUUCCCAAUACCGAGUUCGUUUUCGAUCUUGAAUUACCACCGGAUUUUGUGCCAAGCAAUAGUGAUGGUGAAGUCGAGAUGUUUGAGUUAUUGCCAGUUAACGAAUGCAUCGAGAGGAUACUCUCUCCACAUUUCAAGACUACAUCGAUUCCAGUUGCACUUGAUUUUUUGAUCAGACAUGGAUACAUCACUCCUGAAAAUGAGCCAAAUUUUUUAGAAAUCGUGGAGCUUCUUCAUGUUCCCCUGCAAACAAUGUACAGUUAUGUGCAUAAAUCGAAGCCUAACAAAAUUGCUGCCAAUGGUGAGACUAAUGACGCUCUGUAAUGAGUGGAACGACCCUAACGAAUGAAAAUACUAGAGUCUCAUUUCAAGUGUUCGAGAGUAAUUAAUUGAAUUCUUUUUUCAGCCAAUGAGCUUGAAUUAAAUUAUUCCCCAAUUGAUAAACAAAUUGGGUUAAUUGAUAUUGAUUUGUGUGGAGGAAAUUGUAGUUAUGUGAUUCAAGUUUUAAUAAUUCUGUUUAAAUAGUUGAAAUGGGGAUGGAGUGAGAGCUUUUCAUACACAAUACUUCCAGCUAUUUUUUAAAAAAACGUCCAAGUGGUCUAGGUUCUUUACCCACUCGUGACGUUUUAAAGUUAGAAAUGACGAAGAAUUGAUGGAGAGAGGUGUAAACAUUCCAAAAAUCAAACUCAAAUACUCCCUUUGCUUUUUCAUUCAUGUUUAAUGGAACAAAGAGGAUAAUUAUAUUAUUUCAAAGCACAAAACCAUUAUUUGUACUUAAUUUUUUUACGUGACUGAGUAUUCUAUCGUUACGGUAUUAAUCUAUGGAAUUACUUAUUUAUUGUUACAUCAAUUUAAAAAAAAAGCAAAUACAAAACAAAAUGUGAAAUUUUGUUCCAUUUUAAA